AUGGGGUCGCAGACUCUGCCGAUCGCUAAGGGUGCAGUGCUGGCACCGUCACAGAACAUGCAUCUGCGAGGUGCUCCACAGCCGAGAGGGGGCUGUGGCCAGUUGCUCGGAAGUUUCGAUUCGUCGGAAGAUCCUGACACGGAUGCUGUUUCGGAUGAAUCUGAGCAGCACUACACCUUGUGCGAGUGGAAGGAUAGGAGCAGCAGAAGCGACGGGGUGCAUGCUGCCGUCUGGCUAGCAAUAGCCUCGGGCUUCCGAAUCGGCAAUGCCCGCACAAGGAAGGCAGAACUCCUCCUGCUUCGCGACUUCCUGCUUGGACAACUGGGCACUGAAGAGGACACUGCCACGGCACAACGGAUUGGACGUCUGCUGAUUGCCGGAGGACUCCAUGCUGAAGAUGCCGAGCUCCCAAGCUGCCUUGGGCGGCCCAAGCGGCCCCGCGUGCCUGAGAAGGCUCAGAGAUCUUUCGCCGCCGCUGCUGCCGACGAGGCGGACCUCUUCCUUGCGCCUCUUUCCUGCCAGCUGAAGCUAUGCAUCCUGAGUGGAGAAGGUGAUUGCGGUGUGUCGAGAAGGCUGCCUCAGCCGGCCCUGCCCUUUGCCAUCUUCCCAAGAUGCCGGAGGUCGGGAAACCUUGAGCUCUGGACGAAUCCGCUUUGCCGUUUAGAGGGCGAGCUUCAGGUUGUUGGCCAUGCUGGCCAGCCUUUGCAGCUGGCUCUCCGCAAUGCUUCAGAGCCGACGACGGCACUGGAAGCUCUGCUCGACUGCUGGCGUCGACAGUACUUGGCGCCCAAAUGGCCCGAGUUCCUUCUGGACAGAGACUGCCUCCAGGUCUUCCGGCGGAGCUCCGGGCUCUCGGACCCCUUCGCCAUCCCAACGCCGGAAGAGGGCGGGGCUGGCGCUCGGCGAGUGGUGCUCUUCUCAGGAAACUGCGAGGCGGCGGCCUGGGAGCGGCUCUCCGAACCUCUCCUUGGGGGCAGCGUUGAGGUGGCAGCUCUUUGCGUCCCCGACUUCACGGUUGAACCGGCCCUCUUGGGCCCAGGUCGAGCAUGCGAUGUCAAGCACUUGCAUUCUACGAAGUUUGACGAAGCCAAGCUGGAGCGAACCUGGUACGACGUCAUGGACGGAAAGAGUGUCAGCAAGGUCGGCAUGAAGACCAUCCAGGACGUUUGCUACACCCGGAAACGCUCACCCGAUGAGCAAAAGAAGGUUUUCGCGGCGCUGGUCGGACGGGCAGAGCUGCAAGCAAACAAAAGGAGCUGUGAUGCACUGGCCAAUACGAACGCGCUUCAUGGCCGGCACUUGGUUACACCGGCGGAGGGGCACAACCCCUCCGAGCGAAGAAGGGAGCGCGUGGGUGCUAGCGUGGGAGAUUUCGCGAUCGAGCUUGGAUGCAUUACAUCCUCGAAUGCGUGGCUAGACCUGAAGUCCAGCGCUGCCGAUCGUGCGAAGCCAGGUUUGCGUGGGUCCUAUGGAGAACUGAUCCAAGCACUGCGCGUGCUAAAGAAUGUAAAGGAUUGUCGCAUGUACGCCGCGCUGGCUGUCGCCAAUCUCUCGACAUCCUCUGCCACGCACCCGCAGCUUGUAGAGGAGGAAGUCCUCAGGCAUCUCGUGCCCAUCCUCCAGAGCGAGGAAGUCCAGGAGGUGAUAGCUUAUGUCCUCAAUGCGCUCGGGAACUUCGCAUGCAGCUGGCCGCAAGAGAUCAACUGCCUCUUUUGCCUGGCCAAUCUGACUGCCGACCCCUGGCACCGGAAGUGGAUGAUGGGAAAGGAGGUUUACGAGAUCAUCUGGGGCUACAUGCAGGAGCCGGGAACGCUUCAGCCACGCGUGUGUCAGUGUCCGCAAACGCUGAAAACUCUCUCCAUGGAUUUAUUGCUGCACUUCUCCAUGUACAAGGGGAACGCAGGCAUGAUGAUGGAGAAGGAGGUGUCGCAGGUCAUUGAGCUCGCAGGGCGAGGAACUGGGCACGUCGAGUAUGUUCCCAUCGGCGUAGCGAUCAUCGCCAACAUCUGCGAAAGUGUAGAUCUCCAUGACCGCAUAGUUGAAUCACCCCUUUUCGAAGUCCUCACGGAGCACAUCCACAAUGACAACACGAAUGCCGGAAACUUCGGCUUGGUAGUGGUGAAUAUUUCGGAGGCCCGGGUUGCCUUGUCGGUGGUUGGGUGCAAACGCAGCUUGGCGAGCACAGCAUCCGAGACUAGGACGUCAGCGGGCACCACGGGAGGGCAUGUGAUCCGGGCAUUGAUGCUGCUGAGCCUGUCGCCGAAGUACCACCAUGUGAUCCUGACUACCGGAGCGAUGGCCAACGUUUGCCCGAUAGCGAUGACUGAGCGACUGAGCAUCGCCAUGCGGGCGAAUGCUCUCCAGAUGAUGGCUGCGGUCUGCGCGACGCACCCAACCACUCCAACGGCGACUGACGUCAUCGACCUCAUGGAGAGGCUAGAGCCAAAAGUGCGUUCGUCCGGCCCUCUACAGGCCCUGGCAAGCAUGAGUCUUGCAGAGAUUGCGGAUUUCGAAAUACCCAGCUGCGAGCUAAUGACGGAGAAGUGCAUAGGCUCCGGCUGCACCUCAGAGGUGUACAAAGGCUUCUGGACACGGAUAGACACGGCAGUGGCGAUCAAGCAGAUCACCGAGAAGACGGCUAUCCGACCAGACGAGCAGCUCGCGUUUGCACGGGAGAUGAAGGUCCUCACUAGAGUGCAGCACGAAAACCUGGUGCGACUCUACGGCGUCUGCAUUGAUACUCCUCCUUUGAGGAGCCAUGAUCUUAUCUUUCCGCAGCAAAUCAAGAUGUGCAAGGAUGUAGCGCAGGCAAUGUGCUAUUUGCACACUUUCGACCCCAUGAUCAUCCACCGAGAUCUCAAAUCACUGAACCUCUUGCUUGGCAAGAAAGUCCUCGGGCCCUCGGACGUCCCCUUAGUGAAGGUCUGUGACUUCGGCGUAGCGAAGCUCCAGGCCCAGGCUGGCCAGAUGACGGCGCAGGCGGGAACCAAACACUGGAUGGCUCCUGAGAUGUGGACAUCUUCUACAUACGACGAGAAGGUGGAUGUCUUUUCAUAUGCCAUGGUGGUCUAUGAGAUAAUCUGCCGCGAAGUCACUGCUUUGAAAUUCAUGCUCAGCCUGUGGGAUGUACUUGAGAUUUCUCGUGGCUGCUUCGCGAAGUACACCUUGGCUGGUGUCAGACCCGACAUGGAUGCCGUGCCCCCGGAUUGUCCCCCUGAACUUCUGCAGGUCAUGCAGGCUUGUUGGGCGCAAGAUCCGCGGGAGCGGCCGAGCUUCCCCGAGGUACUGAGACUGCUGGAAGCCAUUUGA